AUGGCUUUUACUGUACGGCUGUUUCUGUUUUCCUCUCUGUUUCUGCUACCAGUUUCUGUGUUUGCUCAAACUAACGGUGGCAUAGCAGUGGGCAAUUUCCUAACUGCAACUGCAGCUAACUCCUCACCAUGGCUUUCUCCAUCUGGUGAUUUUGCCUUUGGAUUUUUUUCGCUUGGAAGCAAUGGUCUUUUCCUGCUCUCAAUAUGGUAUGCCCAAAUACCAGACAGAACCAUAGUUUGGUAUGCAGAUCGGGAUAAUGAGGCUGCAGUUGCACCCAAGGGGUCAACUGUGAACUUGACUGCCAACAGCGGUCUAGUGCUUAGAAGUCCUCAGGGUGAAGAGCUAUGGAAAUCUGGAACCGGUGCUGGUGUUGUUGCCAAUGGGGUCCUGAAUGAUACAGGCAACUUUGUUCUUCAAGAUAGCAAUUCAGAAAGCUUAUGGGAGACCUUCAACAAUCCCACUGAUACCCUGUUGCCUGGUCAGACAUUGGAAAGAGGUGGGACGCUUUCGUCUCGACAAUCGGAGACUAACUAUUCGAAAGGACGGUUCCAGCUGCUUCUGCAAGGAGAUGGGAACCUUGUAAUCAGCACCAUAAACUUGCCAUCAAACUUUGCCAAUCAACCUUACUAUUCAACCGACACUACCUCAGGGACUGUGGCAGGUAGUGAAGGUAGAGAAUUGGUUUUCAAUGUCUCAGGCUACUUGUAUGUUUUGAGAGAGAACGGUGGAAAGUACAAUCUUCCAGUGGGAGAGGCAGUCUCAGCAAGGGACAACUAUAUUAGAGCAACUCUCAACUUUGAUGGGAUUUUUGCUCAAUAUUAUCACCCCAGGAAUUUCACUGGAAAUGUGAGCUGGACUCUUCGGUGGUCAGAGCCAGAUGAUAUUUGCCAAAGAAUUACAGAAGAUUCAGGUGUUGGUGUUUGUGGGUACAACAGUAUCUGCACUCUCAAAGGAGAUAAGAGGCCAACCUGUGGAUGCCCAAAAGGGUUCUCUUUACUUGAUCCAAAUGAUCCAUAUCGGGGAUGCAAACCGGAUUUCAUACAAGGCUGUGAAGAAGAUGAGCUUAGUCGCACAAAAGAUUUAUAUGAUGUUGAGGUGCUACAGAAUACAGAUUGGCCAAUCUCAGAUUAUGUGCAGUUAAAACCUUUUACUGCAGAGAAGUGCAAUGAAUCUUGCUUUCAAGAUUGUUUGUGUGCUGUUGCUAUUUUCCGGUCUGAAACCUGCUGGAAAAAGAAGUUACCUCUCUCAAAUGGGAGAGUGGAUACAAGUCUUAAUUCACAAGCCUUCAUCAAAGUCAGAAAGGACAAUUCAACUCUACCAAUACCAGCUCCUCAACUUCCAUGUCCAGAUGAUAAGAAGAAGAAGAGCCAGACCACUGUGAUACGUGCGGAAUCAGUACUUUUGGGUACCUCUAUUUUUGUUAAUUUUAUCUUAGGUGCUGCUCUUUGUCUGGGAUUUGUCUUGAUUUUCCGGAAGAAACAUGUAAGGUCUGCCGAAAUUGUUUUGGACUCGAAUUUGCGUUCUUUUAGUUAUGAAGAGCUUCAAGAAGCUACAAAUGGUUUCAAGGAAGAAUUAGGCAAAGGUGCUUUUGGAACUGUUUACAAAGGGGUACUACAAAUUGGUUCUGGCGUCCAAGUGGCAGUGAAGAAGCUAAACUAUGUGAUGCAAGAAAUUGAGAAGGAAUUCAAAACAGAACUGAAUGUAAUUGGUCAGACACAUCACAAGAAUCUGGUUCGCCUCUUCGGAUAUUGUGAUGAGGGGCAACAGCGGUUGCUAGUGUAUGAAUUGUUGAGCAAUGGCACAUUAGCAAGCUACCUUUUUACUGAUAUCAAACCGAGUUGGAGACAACGAAUUGAAAUUGCUUAUGGAGUUGCCAGAGGACUUCUGUACUUGCAUGAAGAGUGCAGUACUCAAAUUAUCCAUUGUGAUAUAAAGCCUCAGAACAUACUGCUUGACGAUUAUUACACUGCUCGAAUCUCUGACUUUGGAUUGGCAAAGCUUUUGAUGAUGGAUCAGAGCAAGACUCAUACUGCCAUUAGAGGAACAAAAGGGUAUGUUGCACCUGAGUGGUUUAGGAACAUGCCAAUCACUACCAAAGUUGAUGUGUACAGCUUUGGUGUUGUGCUGCUUGAGAUCAUUUGUUGUAGGAGAAGCGUUGAUGCAGAAAAUGACUGCGAAGAGAAAGCAAUAUUAACGGAUUGGGUCUAUGAUUGCUUCCUUGAAGGAGCAUUAGAUGCUAUUGUAGAUUAUGAAGUUCAGGCCCUGGGUGAUAAAACGACGCUGGAAAAUUUUGUGAUGGUUGCUAUUUGGUGUAUUCAAGAAGACCCUUCUCUUAGACCCAAUAUGAGGAAGGUUGUUCAGAUGCUUGAAGGAGUGGUGGAAGUACAAGUUCCACCGUGCCCUUCCCCAUUUUUCAGAGCGUGCUUGAAGGGGUCAUUUGUAUCGCAGGUUUAA